CCUUCGCCUCUGGCGCUGGUGUCUCCGCUGUGCUCCGCCUCCGCCGCCCUUUUCUGGCCUGCGAUGUCUCGCCUGCUGCUGCUCUGCUCUUCGCUCCUCCGCCACCGUGCAGUCCUGUUCUUGAAGCCUGGCCACUCGGGCCGCCUCAGCCACUCAGAAAGCUCACAAAACCAAGUCCUGUCAGCCACGGAAUCCGCUGUCGGAAUCAUCGUGUUUUUUACCAGUUUUUACAUCCCAGCUGCGUAUGUGCUAAGCAAUCUGAAGUAUUUCAAAGGCGAGUAGGGCCAAGACGCUGAGGAGCAGCACCUCAGGUCCCAAAGGCUUUCAGGAAAGGCCGCUGCUCCUUUAAAUGAGAAAAAGUGCCCGUUCGAACCUCUUGUGAUGAUGUAGUUUUAUAACUGUGUGUCUGUGGUGUUCUGCACUUUCUUUUUCUUUUUUUGGACUGUGCAUCAUACAGAUGGCAAACAUAAUCUGCUAAAGUGUUAAAUAAAAUGGAAACACUUGUUUGUGCUUAA